CACGUGACAAUGUUUACUUUAUUCUGGAAAAUCAAGCGGCUAUCGGCUAAACGGCGACGAUUGUGUGGCCGGAAAUGUUUUACAUCAUUCAAAGAUAAACGUCUGACCAAGUGUCACGCACAGCUGAAUAAUAGAGAUGAGCAACUCCAGCCAGAGAGCCAGAGAUCUGCUGACUGCCUAUAAUCACAGUUUGGACCAGCAAAUUGUGGGACGAGGCUCCAACCUUGCAUGUAGAGAUGAGGAGCUAUGGAAGCAGGUGGAGAGGCAGCUGAGGGAAGGAGAUGCUCAGGUGACACAUUGCCUGGGUUUGGAUCCACUGAAGGUGAUGGAGGAGUCGCUCAAGGCAACAUCAACAACACCAGCCAGUGGUGGGCAAGUAAAAGCCAGAGGAGGGCUGCAAGGCCUGGCUAAAGCUUUUGAGGUCCUGGAGCAAGCGGCCCUGAACCUGUAUCUCGGUCCCUGGAGGGAUGAGUACAAAGUAGUCAAGAUGUACUCUGGUACAUUCACCCACUAUAUCAAACCAGUGCUGUCGAUGCCACAGAUUGAAAAACUGUUUGGCCUGUUAGGAUACCAGCCCAGCUCAUCUCGGCACGAGCAACUUUUUCUCCAAGCACUCAGAAUCAGUCCUGCUUCUCUGGAAGAUCUCCUCCGUAUGUCUUGUGCCUUUUACCUGGCCCGUUGUGAGUGUCGCCUCCUUGAAAUGGCUCUUGGGAAGCACGUUGGUGACGCCCAGUGGGAGCUGAGUGUGGUGAGAGAGAGGCAGAGAGGAAACAGUCUACAGGUCACCUUGGACAACACCAAAAAGACACUGAAAGUCAACCAGCCACUGAUGGAGCCAUUUGAUGGAGAAUUGGACGUGGAUCUGUACACAGAUGAGCAUGUUAAUGAGGGGGGGGCAGUUGUCAAUGAUGAUGGAAGUCCUCGCUCUUUAACCUGGCUUACAAAACAGAGUGCAUCCCCCCUUGCUGUCAAAACAGAGAGCAACGGAAUGACAUCCUUGUCCCCCUCAUCUACCUCCCUUCCCACCACCUCCUGCAUCUAUGCACCCUGCCAGCUGGCCAAGAUGUCACCUCCGGAGUCAGACAGUGCCCGAAGCUCCUCAGCCAGCAAGAGGCAAGGCAGACAUCCCUGUGAGGAAUCGAAGUUUGACAAAGCAGACGUACAAUCACAUUCAGACAGUCUGCAGUUAGAAGCAAUGGGGCUUUGCAAGAGUGAGGCUGAAGCCAACCACUUUUGUAGCUGUCUCCAAUCUCCUCAUCUUUAUCUUAAUCGCUGUAUUGAAUGCAAAACUUGGCACAAUAUCACCUGUGCUAUGCUUAAGCAUUGUUUUAUGGAAGACCACAGUGUCGUAACCUCUUACAUUACGGCUGAAGAAAUGAACGAAUCAGGAGCAGUGUCACCACAGAGUGAAAGUCUUAGAGUGAGUGACAUGAGUGCAUCACAAACUCUCACCAGCAGCAGUGCAGCAAUGUCCUCCUUAGUCCUGUGUGAUGACCCUAAAUUCCUAAUUCAGUCCCUUCAUCCAAUCACCUUUCAUGACUGCUGCAACCUCGCCCAGCUGGACCCUCAGGUCCUGUGUCGUAGCUGCGGUGUGUUCCACUCUUGUUCCUGCAGAGAUAUAGACUACUGCCAAAUUCACCACACGAUCAAACAACUGGGAGUGUGCGCCUGUGGGAAGGCAUGUUCCAGAAAGCCUCUGGUUCUGUGCAGAUAUUGCGGAAAUGAGUAUUGUAGGGAUUGUUGGUACAGAAGUCCUGUUGUAUGCACCUGUGGUCAAACUUUUGACCAGUCAUCCUCUGUGUGAUUUGUAUUUGAAAAGUAUUUCACUAAUGAGGCACAACUAAAACAAAGUGCCUAAAAUCUGCACACUUUUAAAUCAAUUACAAUCAAAUCCAAAUGUUGCCUUGACACAGUGCUAAAAUCCAGUAUUAAGCGUCCUCCAAAUUUUCAAUUUGGGACUUCUGAGACUCAUUACUCUGUCAUCUAGUUAUUCUGUAAGUGGCCAUAUUUACCAUCAUCACCAUUUAAAAAAUAUUGUGUAUUGCUGAGACAAAGUUGUGAUUACAGUUCUGCUCUUGGAUCACUCACAGUAAAUGUAACUUGGUGCAAAGCACAAGGAAGUAUGUUUUCAUCUGUAUUUGUUGCCUUCAAAUAGACUGGAGUAAAUUGGGUCAAUAUGCUACUUUUCUAUUUUAAAUGUGUUUUAUAAUACAGAUGGGUGAAAAAUUAAAAAUCUGCAGAAUAAUUGGUGAAACAGGAUGACUUGCCUCCAUCCAUAGGGCACAAGGGGUCACUGAAUGGUUUGAUUAGUAUGAAAAUUAUGUGAAUCAUAUUUAGGCCUUCGCAGUCAUCAGAUCCCAACCCAGUUGAACACCUAUGGGAGAUUUUGGACUGACGUGUUAGAUGGCGCUCUCCCCCUUCAUCAUCAAAAUACCAAAUGAGGGAAUUUCUUUUGGAAGAAUGGUGUUCACCCCUUCAGUAGAGUUCCAGAGUUUUGUGGAUUAAUGCCAAGGUGUAGUGAAGCUGUUUUGGUAGCUUGUGGUUGCCCAACACCUUGCUAAGAUGCUUUAUGUUGGUAUUUUCUUUAAUUUGUCACCCGUCUGUACAUGAACAAAUUACAUUGUGUCAGUAGAGUUAUAAGUAUAUACCAGAAUAACUUUGAAAUACUACCUGGAAAAUCAGUUAUCACAUAAUAUUUUAUUCAGUCAUAACUAACAGUAAACAAGCCCUUUCUGAGAACAUUUUAAGGCCUGUAUUUUUUUUGGGUGAGUCUGUGGUUAUAUCUUCCUUUUUGUAUAUAUUUGCUGCAGAAACAAACACAGGCUGCAACUAUUAUUGUCAAUAUCAGUUAUUUUGCGGAUUAUUUUUUUGAUUAAUCGAUUGUUUGGUUGAUAAAAUGUCACAAAACUGAAAAAAAAAAAAAUGUCCAUAACAAUUUCCUAGAGGCUAAGUUGACAUAUGUAGGCAUUUUUGCUUAAAAAUGACUUAAAUGAUUAAUCAAUGGACAAAACUUUUGCAGAUUAUUGUUCUGUUGAUUGAUUAAUAGAGUAAUUGUUUCAGCCCUAAAACAACAUACUUUUGGACAAGGUUUCAGUUGAUAUAGCAAUAAAAAAGUGCUUUAAAGCACAAGGUAUGGGGCGUGCCAAUGUAAUGAUGUACUGUAUGUAUAUGAUGAUCUAUGUAUCAAAAGUUUACCUUUUCAGAAAAAUGGCCUUUUUAAGCUUGGCGACAGAACAGUUUUCUGAUCAUUUCAUAGGUUUAAAUUAUUUUACGAGCAUAUCAAGUAAAAUUUUCUUAGGCUGUUACCCUUCUAAUCCAUAAAUUUGAAAAUCACCAAAUUUGGAGGUGCAUGCAUUUCAUUGGAUGGAUUAAAUCAAUUAAAAAUCUCAUCAGUUAUUUGGCCCAAGACCAAAGUGUCCACUAAAUUUUAUUUAGUAUUAAGUCAUUAAGUUUUUUGGAAACAUACUGCUGACAAAACUCAAAAAAAAAAAAAAAAAAAAAAAAAAAAAAA